AUGGAUGACAGAUGCUACCCAGUAAUCUUUCCAGAUGAGCGGAAUUUCCGCCCCUUCACUUCUGACUCUCUGGCUGCAAUUGAGAAGCGGAUUGCCAUCCAAAAAGAGAAAAAGAAGUCUAAAGACCAGACAGGAGAAGUACCCCAGCCUCAGCCUCAGCUUGACCUAAAGGCCUCCAGGAAGUUGCCCAAGCUCUAUGGCGACAUUCCUCGUGAGCUCAUAGGAAAGCCUCUGGAAGACUUGGACCCAUUCUACCGAAAUCAUAAGACAUUCAUGGUGUUAAACAAAAAGAGGACAAUCUACCGCUUCAGUGCCAAGCGUGCCUUGUUCAUUUUUGGGCCUUUCAAUUCAAUCAGAAGUUUAGCCAUUAGAGUCUCAGUCCAUUCAUUAUUCAGCAUGUUCAUUAUUGGCACCGUUAUCAUCAACUGUGUGUUCAUGGCUACAGGGCCUGCUAAAAACAGCAACAGCAACAAUACUGACAUUGCAGAGUGUGUCUUCACUGGGAUUUAUAUUUUUGAAGCUUUGAUCAAAAUAUUGGCAAGAGGUUUCAUUCUGGAUGAGUUUUCUUUCCUUCGAGAUCCAUGGAACUGGCUGGACUCCAUUGUCAUUGGAAUAACGAUUGUGUCAUAUAUUCCAGGAAUCACCAUCAAAGUGUUGUCCCUGCGUACCUUCCGUGUGUUCAGAGCUUUGAAAGCAAUUUCAGUAGUUUCACGUCUGAAGGUCAUCGUGGGGGCCUUGCUGCGCUCUGUGAAGAAGCUGGUCAACGUGAUUAUCCUCACCUUCUUUUGCCUCAGCAUCUUUGCCCUGGUAGGUCAGCAGCUCUUCAUGGGAAGUCUGAACCUGAAAUGCAUCUUGAAGGACUGUAAAAAUAUCAGUAACAUGGAAGCUUAUGACCAUUGCUUUGAAAAGAAAGAAAAUUCGACUGAAUUCAAAAUGUGUGGCACCUGGAUGGGUAACAGCACCUGUUCCAUACAAUAUGAAUGUAACCAUACCAAAAUUAAUCCUGACUAUAAUUAUACGAAUUUUGACAACUUUGGCUGGUCUUUUCUUGCCAUGUUCCGGCUGAUGACCCAAGAUUCCUGGGAGAAGCUUUAUCAACAGACCCUGCGUACUACUGGGCUCUACUCAGUCUUCUUCUUCAUUGUGGUCAUUUUCCUGGGCUCCUUCUACCUGAUUAACUUAACUCUGGCUGUUGUUACCAUGGCGUAUGAGGAGCAGAACAAGAAUGUAGCUGCAGAGAUAGAGGCCAAGGAAAAGAUGUUUCAGGAAGCCCAGCAGCUGUUGAAGGAGGAAAAGGAGGCUCUGGUUGCCAUGGGAAUUGACAGAAGUUCACUUACUUCCCUUGAAACAUCAUAUUUUACCCCAAAAAAGAGAAAGCUCUUUGGUAAUAAGAAAAGGAAGUCCUUCUUUUUGAGAGAGUCUGGGAAAGACCAGCCUCCAGGGUCAGAUUCUGAUGAAGAUUCCCAAAAAAAGCCACAGCUCCUAGAACAAACCAAACGACUGUCCCAGAAUCUAUCACUGGACCACUUUGAUGAGCAUGGAGAUCCUCUCCAAAGGCAGAGAGCACUGAGUGCUGUCAGCAUCCUCACCAUCACCAUGAAGGAACAAGAAAAAUCACAAGAGCCUUGUCUCCCUUGUGGAGAAAACCUGGCAUCCAAGUACCUCGUGUGGAACUGCUGCCCCCAGUGGCUGUGCAUUAAGAAGGUCCUGAGAACGGUAAUGACUGACCCAUUUACUGAGCUGGCCAUCACCAUCUGCAUCAUCAUCAACACUGUCUUCUUGGCCAUGGAGCAUCACAAGAUGGAGGACAGUUUCGAGAAGAUGUUGAAUACAGGGAAUUUGGUUUUCACUGGCAUUUUUAUAGCAGAAAUGUGCCUAAAAAUCAUUGCGCUCGAUCCCUACCACUACUUUCGCCGAGGCUGGAACAUUUUUGACAGCAUUGUUGCUCUUCUGAGUUUUGCAGAUGUAAUAAGCAGUAAAUUUCAAAAGGGAAGCUGGCCAUUCUUGCGUUCCUUCAGAGUGCUCAGGGUCUUCAAGUUAGCCAAAUCCUGGCCAACUUUGAACACACUAAUUAAGAUAAUCGGCAACUCUGUCGGAGCCCUUGGAAGCCUGACUGUGGUCCUGGUCAUUGUGAUCUUUAUUUUCUCAGUAGUUGGCAUGCAGCUUUUUGGCCAUAGCUUCAAUUCCCGAAAGAGUAAAAAACUCUGUGACCCGACAGUCUCAUGUUUACGGCACUGGCACAUGGAGGAUUUCUGGCACUCCUUCCUAGUGGUAUUCCGCAUCCUCUGCGGGGAAUGGAUCGAAAAUAUGUGGGAAUGUAUGCAAGAAGCGAAUGGAUCAUCAUCAUCAUCAUUGUGUGUUAUUGUCUUCAUAUUGAUCACGGUGAUAGGAAAACUUGUGGUGCUCAACCUCUUCAUUGCCUUACUGCUCAAUUCCUUUAGCAAUGAGGAAAGAAAUGGAAACUUAGAAGGAGAGGCCAGGAAAACUAAAGUCCAGUUAGCACUGGAUCGAUUCCGCCGGGCUUUUUGUUUUGUGAGGCACACUCUUGAGCAUUUCUGUCACAAGUGGUGCAGGAAGCAAAACUUACCACAGCAAAAAGAGGUGACAGGAGGCUGUCCUGCACAAAGCAAAGACAUCAUUCCCCUGGUCAUGGAGAUGAAAAGGAGCUCAGAGACCCAGGAGGAGCUUGGUAUACUAACCUCAGUACCAAAGACCCUGGGCGUCAGGCAUGAUUGGACUUGGUUGGCACCACUUGCGGAGGAGGAAGAUGAUGUUGAAUUUUCUGGUGAAGAUAAUGCACAGCGCAUCACACAACCUGAGGCUGAACAACAGGCCUAUGAGCUCCAUCAGGAGAACAAGAAGCCCACCAGCCAGAGAGUUCCAAGUGUGGAAAUUGACAUGUUCUCUGAAGAUGAGCCUCAUCUGACCAUACAGGAUCCCCGAAAGAAGUCUGAUGUUACCAGUAUACUAUCAGAAUGUAGCACCAUUGAUCUUCAGGAUGGCUUUGGAUGGUUACCUGAGAUGGUUCCCAAAAAGGAACCAGAGAGAUGUUUGCCCAAAGGCUUUGGUUGCUGCUUUCCAUGCUGUAGCUUGGACAAGAGAAAGCCUCCCUGGGUCAUUUGGUGGAACCUGCGGAAAACCUGCUACCAAAUAGUGAAACACAGCUGGUUUGAGAGCUUUAUUAUCUUUGUGAUUCUGCUGAGCAGUGGGGCACUGAUAUUUGAAGAUGUUCACCUCGAGAAACAACCCAAAAUCCAAGAAUUAAUAAAUUGUACUGACAUGAUUUUUACAUAUAUCUUUAUCGGGGAGAUGGUACUAAAAUGGGUAGCCUUCGGAUUUGGAAAGUAUUUCACCAGUGCCUGGUGCUGCCUUGAUUUCAUCAUUGUGAUUAUCUCUGUGACCACCCUCAUUAACUCAAAGGAAUUGAAGUCCUUCCGGACUCUACGAGCACUGAGGCCUCUUCGCGCGCUGUCCCAGUUUGAAGGAAUGAAGGUGGUGGUCAAUGCUCUCAUAGGUGCCAUACCUGCCAUUCUGAAUGUUUUGCUUGUCUGCCUCAUUUUCUGGCUCAUAUUUUGUAUUCUGGGAGUACACUUCUUUUCUGGAAAAUUUGGGAAAUGCGUUAAUGGAACAGACUCAGUUAUAAAUUCUACCAUCAUUACAAAUAAAAGUCAAUGUGAAAGUGGCAAUUUCUCUUGGAUCAACCAGAAAGUCAACUUUGACAAUGUGGGAAAUGCUUACCUCGCUCUGCUGCAAGUGGCAACAUUUAAGGGCUGGAUGGAUAUUAUAUAUGCAGCUGUUGAUUCCAGAGAGAAAGAACAACAGCCAGAGUUUGAGAGCAAUUCACUCGGUUACAUUUACUUCGUAGUCUUUAUCAUCUUCGGCUCAUUCUUCACUCUGAAUCUCUUCAUUGGUGUUAUUAUUGACAACUUCAACCAACAGCAGAAAAAGAUAAGUGGCCAAGACAUUUUUAUGACAGAAGAACAGAAGAAAUACUAUAAUGCAAUGAAAAAAUUAGGAUCCAAAAAACCUCAAAAACCCAUUCCACGGCCUCUGAACAAAUGUCAAGGUCUCGUGUUCGAUGUAGUCACAAGCCAGAUCUUUGACAUCGUCAUCAUAAGUCUCAUUAUCCUAAACAUGAUUAGCAUGAUGGCUGAAUCAAAUAACCAACCCGAAGCCAUGAAAUCCAUCCUUGACCAUCUCAACUUGGUCUUUGUGGUCAUCUUUACAUUAGAAUGUCUCAUCAAAAUCUUUGCUUUGAGGCAAUACUACUUCACCAAUGGCUGGAAUUUAUUUGACUGUGUGGUCGUGCUUCUUUCCAUUGUUAGUACAAUGAUUUCUACCUUGGAAAAUCAGGAGUACAUUCCUUUCCCUCCGACGCUCUUCAGAAUUGUCCGCUUGGCUCGGAUUGGCCGAAUCCUGAGGCUUGUCCGGGCUGCACGAGGAAUCAGGACUCUCCUCUUUGCUCUGAUGAUGUCACUUCCUUCUCUGUUCAACAUUGGUCUUCUACUCUUUCUGAUUAUGUUUAUCUAUGCCAUUUUGGGUAUGAACUGGUUUUCCAAAGUGAAUCCAGAGUCUGGAAUUGAUGAUAUAUUCAACUUCAAGACUUUUGCCAGCAGCAUGCUCUGUCUCUUCCAGAUAAGCACAUCAGCAGGUUGGGAUUCCCUGCUCAGCCCCAUGCUGCGAUCAAAAGAAUCAUGUAACUCUUCCUCAGAAAACUGCCACCUCCCUGGAAUAGCCACAUCCUACUUUGUCAGUUACAUUAUCAUCUCCUUUCUCAUUGUUGUCAACAUGUACAUUGCUGUGAUUUUAGAGAACUUCAACACAGCCACUGAAGAAAGUGAGGACCCUUUGUGUGAAGAUGACUUUGACAUAUUUUAUGAAGUGUGGGAAAAGUUUGACCCAGAAGCAACACAAUUUAUCAAAUAUGCUGCCCUUUCUGACUUUGCUGAUGCCUUGCCUGAGCCUUUGCGUGUCGCAAAGCCAAAUAAAUAUCAAUUUCUAGUAAUGGACUUGCCCAUGGUGAGUGGAGAUCGCCUCCACUGCAUGGAUAUUCUUUUCGCCUUCACCGCUAGGGUACUCGGUGGCUCUGAUGGCCUGGAUAGCAUGAAAGCAAUGAUGGAAGAGAAAUUCAUGGAAGCCAAUCCUCUCAAGAAGUUGUAUGAACCCAUAGUCACCACCACCAAGAGAAAGGAAGAGGAAAGAGGUGCUGCUAUUAUUCAAAAGGCCUUUCGAAAGUACAUGAUGAAGGUGACCAGGGGUGACCAAGGUGACCAAAAUGACUUGGAAAACAGGCCUCAUUCACCACUCCAGACUCUUUGCAAUGGAGACUUGUCUAGCUUUGGGGUGGCCAAGGGCAAGGUCCACUGUGACUGA